UUCAUGGAUACAAGUUUUUUUUAUUUCUUUCACACCUCAGAAGUCUGAUAAUGUACAGCUAGUAUUGGGAACUUUUUUGUCGAGAAUUAAGAUUUAGAGGAAGGAUGUGAAUUAGUUUUGUUAAGUGAUUCGCACUUGAAUUUGUUCACCUCCAAACACACUGAAGCCUUGUAAGGACUAAGAAUUUUUGCAUUGUGCAGAGGAAGAAAAUUAACAAAAGCUAUGGAGAACUCAACACAAGUAAAGUUAUUUUAUCUCUUUGGCUUACAAGAGACAUUUAACAACAAAUCUAUUUAUUUUUUCUUGUCUCUUGUCACAUACCUUCUCAUCAUCACUGUGAAUCUGACUAUGAUCAUAACAAUCAUUCAGGAGAAAGGUCUCCAUGAGCCCAUGUAUAUCUUUCUGUGUAGUUUAUGUGUCAAUGGAUUGUAUGGAACUGCUGGUUUCUACCCCAAGUUGUUACUGGACCUUCAGUCAGAUGUUCAGGUGAUAUCUUAUGGUGGAUGUUUGACUCAAACCUAUGUCAUAUACACAUCUGUCCUGUGUGAAAUGUCUACUCUGACAGUGAUGUCUUACGACAGGUAUGUGGCAAUAUGCAGACCACUACUAUAUCAUAACAUUGUGACAUCUUUAACUGUUAGAAAGUUACUAUUAUUGUCUUGGUGUUAUCCUUUAUUUAUAUCACUAAUAGCACUUAUUUUAACCGCCAGACUUCCUUUGUGUGGAUCUCGCAUUGAUAAGAUCUUCUGUGACAAUCCGUCUAUACUGAAACAUGCAUGUUUACCCAUAACCUUCAAUCAGAUUUUGAACAAAUGUAUGAUUUUGGUUCAUGUUUUACAGUUACUUUUCAUUGUAUUUUCUUACUGUCAGAUUGUAAGGACUUGUGUAAAGUCGUCUAAGGGAAGGAUUAAACAGAAAGCUUUCAGCACCUGUUCUCCUCAUCUGGCCUCGCUGCUCAACUUCUCUUUCGUCUGUUUCUUAACUCUGCUCCACAGUAGACUUGAUAGGCCUAUGAACAAUGUUCCAACGGAGGCGCUGAAGGCCUUGUCUGACAUGAAGAACGUGUUCUUGGGCAGACCGGGAAAAAACAGGAUGUCGUUAAGGUAG